AUGAAGUUCACACAAAUCAUCGCUGGCUUCGCACUGGCGACUACCACUCUUGCCAUUGCCAUUCCCGGUGACUGCGGGCUGAACCCGCAUGCCAACUGCAAGCGCGUAGCUAUCCCCGAACCCGAGCCUGCCAACUGCGGUCCAAACCCGCACUCGAACUGCAAGAGGACACCGAUCCCGGAGCCUGAGCCUAUGCCUGAACCCUCCGACUGUGGCCCGAACCCGCAUUCGAACUGCAAGAGAGCGCCUGCGCCGAAGCCAGCUGUGGUACGAAGGCUGUUGGAUCGCGAAGUCAUGACGGAGCACCCGGCCCGGUAG